AAAAGACGCAGAAGAAGAAGAAGACGGAUUUCUUAAAUUAGACUAUAUUAGUAAACUUCAGCGUCUCUUUUUUGCAGCAGGAAGAGUUUGUUUAUUUGUUUAUUUGUUUAUUUUUUUCCUUAAAAAGAUGAUAACAUUUCUAGCAAAGCGCACGAGGAAGAGCCGAGUCUGAUCUUUAAUGUCUCGUUAAUGAGAUUAUUCCCGAGAUGAAAUUUGGAUCUUGAUGAAAAUGAAGCGUAACUAAUAAUAAUAAUAAUGAUGAUGAUGAUGAUGAUGAUGAUGAAGGAGAGAGAGGAGUGCUGCUGUAAUGUCACAUGUGGAUUCAGACUUUACACUCUGCAGCACAGAAGUAAAGCCUAAUAAACAUCAUUUCUGACCUGGCUGUGUGGUCAUUCCACUUCCGGGUGUGUGUGCACGCGCUGCGCGGCUCUGCCAUGCUGACCUCGAGGAACACCGGUCCGAAAAGGCCGAGGCUGGACUGGAGGUUCGUCCAGAGGUUCUGGAGGAUUUUCAGAGUGCUUUUCCCGAGCUGCUGCAGUCAGAAUGUGGUGAUGUACGGGACGCUGCUCGGAGUCACUCUCUUAGUUCAGCUGGUGAUUUAUCAGGUGGGUCUGAUCCCCAGUCAGUUCUACAGCGUGUUGUCGGAGAAGAACUACGGCAAGUUUAAGGAGCUGGUGGCGUUUUCCAUCCUGCUCAUCGUCCUCAACGCCGCACUGAAGAGUCUGGAGCAGUACAUCAGCAAUCUCCUGUACAUCGGCUGGAGGAGAUGUCUAACGCAGAACCUGCAUGGAGAUUACUUCAGCGGACGAGUUUACUACACCCUCAACAUGCUCCAGAAAGACAUCGAUAACCCAGACCAGAGAAUGACUCAGGACACUGAGAGGUUGUGUAAGCAGUUGAGCAGUAUGGCGAGUCGACUGGUCAUUUCCCCAUUCACCAUCUCCUACUACUCCUACCAGUGCUUUAAAAUCACUGGAUGGAUCGGAUUCGUCAGCAUCCUUGGCUUCUUCCUGGUCGGCACACUGGCCAACAAGCUCCUGAUUGGCCCCAUCGUGUCCACUCUGGUCGAACAGGAAAAGCUGGAAGGAAACUUCAGAUUUAAGCACAUGCAGAUCAGAGUUAACGCAGAAUCAGCAGCUUUCUACAGAGCGGGGAAGGUGGAACACAUGCGGACGGACCACAGGCUUCAGAGUCUCCUGCACACACAGAGGAAGCUGAUCGACAGGGAGUUCCUGCUCUAUAUUGGCGUAAACACGUUCGACUACCUGGGAAGCAUCCUCAGCUACAUCAUCAUCGCCAUACCCAUCUUUGCGGGCGUGUACGACGGUUUGACCCCGGGAGAGAUCAGCGCUCUCGUCAGCAAGAAUGCCUUUGUGUGCAUAUACCUGAUUAAUUGUUUCACGCAGCUUAUAGAUCUUUCCACGACAGUCUCGGAUGUUGCAGGUUACACCCACAGAAUUGGAGAGCUCCAGGAAGUGAUGAAGGACAUCAACAGGAAACAGUGUGAUGAAGACUGGGAUUCAGCAGGGAUGGGUAACUUUGACAGGGAUGGAGGCACUUCACCAGGUUCCAGCGACGCCGCGAUCGUCCUGAAUGAGCUUUCCUUUACUUCUCCGGUCUCUGAGGAUCUGCUGGUGAAGGACUUGAGUCUCAGGGUCUGUGAGGGGACACACCUGCUGGUGGUGGGAAACACAGGCACUGGGAAAACCUCUCUCCUCAGGGUCCUCAACCUUCUGUGGGAACCUGCUAAAGGUUCUGUUCAGGUGAACGCGUCUUUUGGGCCGAGGGGAAUAAUGUUUCUGCCCCAGAAACCCUUCCUGACUGACGGUACACUUCGAGAACAGGUGAUCUUCCCUCUGAAGGACCUCUAUCCAGUCACAGGUUCUGUAGACGAUGAGAGAAUUUUGCGAUACCUGGAGCUGGCUGGGAUGUCCAGUCUUUUGAAGAGAACCGGAGGUCUGGAUGAGAACGUGGACUGGAACUGGUAUGAUGCGUUAUCCCCGGGAGAGAUGCAGAGACUGUGCUUUGCGAGGUUGUUCUACCUACAGCCGAAAUACGCAGUGCUGGAUGAAGCCACCAGCGCUCUGACUGAAGAAGCUGAGGAGCAGAUGUACACAGCUUGUAAACAGCUGGGCAUGACUCUGAUUAGCCUGGGUCACCGCAGCAGCCUGAAGAAGUAUCAUGAUGUCAUGCUGAGGCUGUGUGGAGGCGGUCAGUGGGAACUCUGUAAAUUGGAUUCGAGGUGAAAAUCCAGACAAAAUAAGUUUUAUCCCCCAUUAUUAGAGGGGGAAAGUGCCAUCUUUUAUUUCUGGUGCCAGAGAAAUUGUAUGUAUCAUUUGUGCCUGAAACACUGAUAUCAGGCGAGGAACUCCAGACCUGGGACCCUGGGAUUGUCCUGAUUUCUGAUAAAUGUUUCAUUUCUGGAAAUGACAGCAGGUUUCUUUCUCUGCAUUUCAUGUUUUAAGAGAAUUAUUUUCAAUCUUACAACUCACUAAACAUCUGAUUUAAAUAUUAUUAAAUAUAAUUUGUAUACAAGUGUUAACUUGAAUCCAGGAAAAUACAUCGUACAUUUUAUCGUACUACUGAAUAAGCUACUAUUUUUGAUUCAGCUGUUUAUUUCAGAAUGAACAUUUAAGUGUACAAUAUUAAAAUCUUUUGUAUUCCACUUCUUCAACGAUGCAAAAUGUGCAAUGGUAAUUAAAU